GUUUCGGCGCCGGGGAUGGAGGAGCCGAAUGUGGGCGGAGGGGCCGGUGCGGCGCCGGAGGUGGUAGCGGAUCCGGGCGGCCCCGCCGCCUCGCCGUGGAGGAAGACCACGCCGCCGCCCCUGGCCGGGGACGCGGCGGUCAUGGGGGCCGACUCGUGGCCCGCGCUGGACGAGGCCAGGCAGAAGGUCGAGCCCGCGGGGAAGCCUGUGUCGGCCAAUGCUGGCGGCGGCGACCUGGCGCCCCCAUCUCCAACGCAGGUGUCUAACCGUAUGCACAAGUUCGAUGGCCACCACGGAAAUAUCAACAAGAGUCACCAAGCACAUCAUAAAAAUGGGCCCAAGAGACGCCCCCCUGGUGCAAAUGAUGCACCAUCAUACCCGGCACCAAUGCCGUAUCACCAACAUCCAGGGCAGCCUUUUUUUUACCCUGUUCUCCAAAAUCCGAUGAUGCUACACGACUAUCCAUACCAGCCUUUUGCUGUUCCGGUCCCAAAUCGUGACCCAAAUGUUGGCAAGUCUGGAUUCGAAAAUGCUACACCUCCUUUUGUUUCAGUUGAUCAAGUUGGUGGCAAUGAAGGUAACAGGCCAAUGCCUCCACAGACAAGAGGAGACCCUCAUGCUUGGCGUCCUGCUGUUGGUACUCAUGGUGCUAGGCCCCAUUCUGGCGUUGAAGGCCGUGGACAUUUUAACCACAAUUGGCAUAAUCCCCGGGCAUUUGGUACGAGUGAAAACCCAAGUGUACCACAUGGUGUUGGGCCAAGAACUUUUGUCAGACCAAUGGCUCAUCUGCCCCCUACUCUUGGGUACAUGAAUGGGCCGUCGUUCCCUGGGCCUAUGCCUCCCAUGUAUUAUUACAUGCCUGCUCCACCCAUGGAGGCAAUGAGAGGUCCACCACGUUUUGUCCAAAAUCAACCAGCUCCUCCACCUGUUUUAUCUCCUGAAGCGGCUGAGUUAAGAGCUAAAAUAUUAACUCAAGUGGAGUACUACUUUAGUGAUACUAAUCUGGAUCGUGAUGGUUUCUUGAAAUCUCUAAUGGACGAUCAUGGCUGGGUUGCAAUUUCAAAAGUUGCAGACUUCAAUAGACUGAAGAGAAUUACGACGGAUGUCCAUCUCAUCGUAGAUGCAUUGGCAAGCUCAAGUCUUCUAGAAGUUCAGGAUGACAAGAUAAGGAGGCGCUCUGAUUGGUCAAAGUGGGUUUCUUUAUCUGGAACAUCUGUUCAGAGUCCAUCAUCUACUGCCAGUAUGGAUAAUACCAUGGUUGAGAGCAAUACUGGCAGCUUCUCAAAUCAGGAUGCUUAUUCUGAAGAUCAAAAGAGCCAGCCUCAUCCUCAAGAUAUUAAAAGCAACAUAAAUGUUAUUGGUACUGACGCAAUAGUUCCUGAUGAACAGCUACGUAACAAUGUACAUAGCUCUUCAUUGAAUAAGAACUUCUCUGCCAUCGCUAUUGGUGGAAAGCCCAAGAGCAUUUGCACAUCCUCUGUGAAUUCACGCACACAUGAAGCUUCUUUUAGAACUGGUGAUGUUAAAGUUCGGAAAGUAAACACAAAGAUGAAAGUACCUGAUUCUCAAAGCAAAAGAGGUUUCUGUAAUGAUUUGCAAAAUGAAUCCCCUAGCUUCAGUGGGGAUCAAAGCACAUUCAUGCUUGAUGAGGAACUAGAAUUGGAACAUGCGGAACAUUCACGCGAUGAUAUCUAUUCACACAAAAGGGUUGAUGAUGAGGAUGACGAUUUUUUUGUUGACGACCAAGAAGUGAAUAGGCUAAUAAUCGUUACGCAGGAUACUAGAUCAGAAAAGGACGACAGAACUUCCUCUAGUAUAUCUCAAGCAUUUUCAACAGAGGAAGCAUCAAAAAUAAAUGAUGCCUUAUAUUAUUAUGAGAGUGUACAUGAUCGGCACACUAAUAAUCAGAGGAGUUCCCAGGCUGAUGCUGCAGACAUGGAUUCUAAAUCUGGUGGAGCAAAAGGGAACCAUGUUAGCAUUGGAACUAAUGGUAUUGAAGAAGGUGGACAACCUAUCCCGCGUAGGCGGCAAAAUAAAGGCAAUAGGAAGACGCACACCUCACAUAAACAGAGGUUCUUUGCUGGUAAUUUUGCGACUAGUCCCAAUAGCAGAUCUCACUAUGGUGGUAUAUCAGAAAGCCCCCCAAGCAAUUCAAUUGGAUAUUUCUAUGGAUCUACUCCAGAAAAUCACAGUAGCUAUAGAAGUUCAAAGCUGAGCUCGUCUCCUCAUGGAAUUCCAACUGGGAGCUCACCUAUUGGUUCCGUGCCUAAAUCUUUCCCACCGUUUCAGCACCCAAGUCAUCAGCUACUGGAGAAAAAUAAAUUCCAACAACAAAGGUACAAUAAGUUCAAAAAUCGAUGCAUCGCUGAACGUAAGAAGUUAGGAAUCGGGUUGAGCGAGGAAAUGAAUUCGCUCUAUCGUUUUUGGUCAUACUAUCUGAGAGAGAGUUUUAAUGAAGAUAUGUACAAGCAUUUUAAGAACUUCGCAGUAGAUGAUGCAACAGCAAGUUACAGAUAUGGACUUGAGUGUCUCUUCAGAUUUUAUAGUUAUGGUUUGGAAAAGAACUUCCAGCGUAAUGUAUAUGAAGAUUUUGAGCAGCUGACACUUGAGUUCUACCAGAAGGGUGAUCUUUAUGGACUUGAAAAAUACUGGGCGUUUCAUCAUUUCCGAAAGCAGGAUAGCAGCCCAAUAAAUAAGCAUCCAGAGUUGGAGAGGCUCCUAAAGGAGGAGUUCCGAACCAUCGAGGACUUCAAGGCACGGCGUGCGGCACAGAAAGAAGCCGGUGUUAGUAGCAGCAAGAGUGGAGCGGUGGCAAGCCAUAGCAAGGCUGAGGCUAAGUAGGUCCUACCUAGGCAUGAAAUUUUGGUGGCGAUCCUACAAAGGAGAAAGUAGCAACCUUUUUGUUUGGUGUAAACUGAGGAUUUGAGUAGACUCGUCCCUGUGCAGAUUUUGCUCUCCCCUGCCAAUACUUUUGUAGCCUGUCCAGGAUUUUUUCUCUUCUUUUUUACAUCUUCCUGGUACCAUUGUGGGAGUUGUACAUAGAGAUAAAAUAAUUGCCUUCAUUAAAUAGACCAAUUAUAGAGUUAAAAGACA